AUGGAUAAUGUUGAUAGGUUGAGUGCCCUUCCAGAUGAUUUUCUCUACGAAAUUCUGUCACUUCUUCCUGCAAAAGAUGCUGUAGCCUUCUUAAUUGUAUCCACCAAAUGGAGAAAACUAUUCACUUCAGUUCCUGAUACUAAUUUCUGCGUAAAUGGACUGAACGAUCCUGAUGAUCCUGAUCCUUGUAGUGUAAGGAGUUUCCGGGACGAGAUACAUGUUGGUUGUCGAAUACUUGCACUUCGAACUGGUGCUCCUUUAAGAAAAUUUCAACUUCAUAUUAAACAGUAUGUGGGAAGGUUUGCGUCUGCAGUUGAAUUGUUUAUAUUGAAGGCACUUGCGUGUAGAGUCCGGGAACUUGACAUUCAUGUGGGAAUGACAGAUAAAAGCCGAUUAAUUCCUCCUGAAGUAUUCACCUGCAAAACACUCGUCACUUUGAAGUUGACAAGGGAUGUGGAUUUGGAUUUGAUUGUACCUAAUGCAAUUUGUUUACCGAAUCUUAAGGUUCUGCACUUGAGAGGGGAAAUGAGAGUGGUAGAUGGAAUCUGUAUUCAACGACUUAUCAAGGGUUGUCCUUCGCUGGAAGAACUGAACUUAGUCUUAUGCCGUAUGGAUGAGAGUGAUGAAGAUCAAGUAAUUGAUUUCUCUAGUCCUUCACUGAAAAGAUUCACACUUGCCAGUUUUAAUUAUGGGGGCCUGUUUGAUUUCGUUUUGGAUUCAAGCCAACUUGAAUAUCUGGAAUUCCACCAUGUUGGGAAGCAUAGGUUCACAUUAGAUGCCCCAAACCUCAGCUAUCUAAAUUACGAAUGCAAUGCUGUUGAGGUGAACCUCAUUCAAAAGAACUUCACUCAAAGCCUGAAGUCUGUUGUGAGAGCCAGUAUAGCAAUUCGGUAUAUGGCUCUUGAGAUUUUCAACAAAACAAUCCAAACAAACUUCUUUUUGGAUGGUCGGCAUGCUUUUGAGCUCAUCAAUGAUUUGCAAAGUGUCAAAUCUCUUCAGUUACAUGGACACACUCUCCUGAGGGAGCAAAUUGUUUUAACAGUCUUCUCCCUUUUUGUGAAGGCUCUUUUUGAAUUUAGAGGAAGGUUGCCAACUUUCAGAAAUUUAACCAUUCUGCAGCUUGGACCUUUUAAUUAUGAUGGUGUUGAUCAUGGGCAUUUGUGGAAAAUGUUACCAAGAUUACUUGAAAGUGCCCCAGACCUUGAAGUACUUAUCCUUGGUGAGGCGUUUGGGAAUGUCUUCACUAGAGAUAGGGAGUUUGAGGUUUUUUUGCCCCUGUGCUUUUCUAGUUUUGAGGUUUUUUUGCCCCUGUGCCUUCCUAGUUGCUGCCUUGAUCGUCUUAGGGAGGUAGAAAUCAGAGAGUUCAACAAUGAGGAAUAUGAAUUCAAGCUAGUCAAGUAUAUUUUGAAGAAUGGAAAAUCUUUGAAGAAGAUGACUAUUGGUGGAGUUAUAAAGGCUAUGAAAUCUUCAGAAAAAUGUUGCAAGAGGAUAUCAUCAUUCAAUAAAAGCUCCCAGGAUUGCCAGAUUGUAUUCAACUAG